AUGCAAAAGAAGGUGAAAAAAAGGUGCGCCGCUGCCGCGUGGUUGCUGCGACGGCUGGUUAAUUAUUUGACUGCGCACGUCAGUAUCCGUCGUGGCGCCGCGGUGGUGGCGCAAGGAGCCGUCGCUGCCGCCGCUCCUCCUUCACGGAGCAAACUGCGUGCGUCCCUCGCUGCAGCGAAGGCGUCUGUGGUGAGUUUCACGUUGGAGAAGUUGGGGGGGCACUACGAGGAUGCCUGCCAUGCGAAGGGGAGUCACGCCAUGGAAGUUUUGGACGGGCGAGGAGGGAUGAGGAUGGAGCUGAGGGAAGGCAGUCCACCACAGCCGUGGGAUUAA